UCUCUCACUCUCUCUCCUUCGCUCUCUCUGUUAAAAAAUAAUAAUAAUAAUACAUAUAUACGUAUACGUGUGUGCGUGUGGGAGUGUACAACGCACGAAAUGGAAAUAGGAUGAUGCAUCUCCUUCCAGAUAGGCAGGGCGAAUAUAGCGAAUUGGGCCACCAGAAGUCCUCGAUAAGACCUAAGACGUUCGAAGGAACAACAACGGCCCAUGCAUGUAUGUAUGUAUGUAUGCAGUUGCGUUAUGUGGGUGGUAACCGAUGGGAUGGAUAAUAAAGUGGGAAAGGAACCGCCAAUACGUGCUUCACGCCAAUCCCGAUGUCAGUCAAGCCCCGUAGCGGGACGGAGAGAAAGUCCGACUUUUUUUUCCUUCUUCCUCUGCUUACGUUUAUGUUAUGCUUAUAUCUUUUACUACCUAAUGUUAUAAGUGGACUAUAGUAUCUUAUGUAUAGCGCUUAUGUAUAGCGCUCGGAAGGUUCUCCAUUCGGGAUACCCGAAUAUCACC